AUGGAAGUGACAGAAGUUGAGGGUAAAAAGAAUGUCCAAGAUACUGCUAGUGCAGAUGAUAAGAGGGAUAUGUUCAUGCAGAUAAUACAAAUAACUUUUACGUCUCACGAGGCUGCGUAUGAUUUCUACAACAGCUAUGCUAGAGAUAAUGGUUUCAGCAUUAGAAAGAAUAGGGUCAGGUAUAGCAAAACCGAGUCACGUCAUAUGCGUUAUAGGCGGUUUGUUUGUUCCAGACAAGGAAAACGUGACAGCAGGUUGCUAACCGAGGAAGGACACAGCCGUAGGCUCAGACCCGAGACACGCUGCCACUGCGAAGCGCACCUGACCGUGAAGCUUGACCAAAAGCGUGGGGUUUGGUAUGUUGAUAGUUUUGAGGACAAGCAUAUCCAUAUCUUGGCAGGACCGGAUGAGGUACCUUUUCUUUGGUCCCACAGAAAAAUCAAAGAGUACCAGAAGCAUGAGAUAAUGUCCAUGGGAGCUGCAGGGAUUAGAAUUCACGACAUGAUGGAUUGCUUCAUCAGCAAACAUGUAUGGUACGGCGGUGUUGGUUUUACCAGGCGUGAAAUAUACAACCUUUGCGCCAGGGAGAAGAGGAAGCUGCUUUCAAAAGGUGAUGCUGCCACAGUCAUAGGCAUCAUGGUCAGUAGGAAACAGAGGGAUCCUAGCUUCUUUUUUGAGUACAAGCUAGACAAGGAAGGACAUAUGAAUAGGAUGUUCUGGUGUGACUCCCAGUCUCGUCAUGACUAUGAGGACUUCGGCGACGUGCUUGUAUUUGACAGCACGUACAAGAUGAAUAGGUAUGGUAUGCCAUUCAUACCCUUUGUUGGUCUUAACAAUCACCGGAAGACCACUGUUUUUGCUUGUGCCAUAGUUUCGGACGAGACCGAAGAGACAUAUGUGUGGCUGCUGGAGACUUUUUUGAGGUCCAUGUGUCAAAAGAUGCCUAUGAGUGUUAUCACGGAUGCCGACGCUGCGAUGAUCAAGGCAAUUCGCCAAGUCUUCCGAGACGUGUGGCACCGUAUAUGUACGUGGCAUAUAGAAAAAAAUAUGAAGAUUCACCUCAGUCACAAGUCCUUGAAGGAGUUCCGAACUCUUCUGUACUACAGCACGUCCACGGCCACGUUUGAGGAGAGAUGGCACGCAUUUUCCAAAAGAUGGCAGUCAGAAAAAACAGUAACAUGGUUGAGACGGAUGUAUAAGAAGAGGAGACUGUGGGCCGCGGCUUAUCUGACAGAGGGUUUUUGGCUUGGCAUGAAAAGCAACCAGAGGAGUGAAAGUCUAAACUCAUGCCUUCACCUCCACCUAGACGGUGAAAUGACCCUGGUGGAUAUGAUUUUGCACUAUGAGAACGCCGUUGUACGUAUCCGUGAGAAUGAGGCACGAGAUGAUUGCACGGCCUCACAGAGUUUACCGGUGCCAGUUACUAGCUCGAGGGAACUUGAGAUAGCUGCUUCUCACGUCUUCACUCCAGCAAACUUCUAUAUGUUGCAAGCUGAUCUUAGGAAAAUUGGUGGCAUGGAGAUUGUAGAAAUAAAGCUUGGAGACGGAUCACAGCAGUACAUCGUGGCCUGGAAGAAUAACCGGAAGAGCCUUUUUGGGUGGAAUGAUGGUGAAGGCAACAUACUUGAAGUUCAUGAUCCUAUUAAAGUAUCAACGAAAGGUGCAACUAAGGAAGAAGUGAAAUGUAACUAUGUGGAAUGGGUAGACCCGGAGUGGUCAGUGGCUACGAAGUUCUGCUUGAGAGAACUGUGGAGCAUGUAUGACGAGAAGCUGAGACAGAAUAUUAAGAAUGCUGAAGAAAAAUGCAUGUUAAUUGGAGAAAAGAGGAGGACGGAGGAAGAGCUGAGAUUUUUCAAAAUGGACUUUGCUAAACUGGUGGCUGAUAAGGAGGAUGCUCUCACGCAGUUGGGCAAUGCAACAUUGUCACUUAGCAAUCUCAAAGAGGAGCUGGAGAAGAAUAAGAUGGCAGAUCAUGGUUGUGCCAAUCUACAUCAGGUCCUGAGGGUAAAGGCUGAGAAAGACCGGGACCGGGUGGUGCUAGAGAGAGACCAAGUGAUGAGAGAGAGGGACCAGCUGAAGCAAGAGAAGAAAAAACUUGAGUAUAUUAUUGCAGAGAUUUUCUCAAACAGAAACAUGGGUACGUUGAGAAGAUCAAGAAGCUGA